CUUAAAUUUUAACAUGGCUGCGGCUGGCCCCUCCAGCUCAAAAGAUAUAUUGUCUGAAGUACGGACUUUUAUUGCGGGUACCAGCAAAGAGAAGUCCAUCAGUCACGAGAGCUUGGCCAGGUCAGCCCUACACCUCCUCCAGACCCUACCUGUGGCCAGGCACGCUGUCCUAGAACACCUGUGUUCUCUGUUUGAUGAAGCUGUCAAACUCCAUAUUCUCCACAGCGAUGAUCCUACCUAUGAAGAACAAGGAGAAUCAAGUCUAGAUGUGGUCAUCCAAGAUGUGUGUGGUGUCCUGUUUAACUUCAUAAAGACUAACCCUCUGGCCUGGGCACCAAUUAUUUCUAAUUGGUCUUUAGAGUUACUAGGACACAUCAGCUGUAAAUAUGCCCACCAGUGUGGAUUAUCCUCAACUUCAUCCCUCAAUGAACUCCUUCAAAUGUGGGUCACAUGUCGACCUACUAAGGCCUUGAUGGAAGUCGCCACAGAAUGCUUUGCUGCAAUGGUUGGCAGUGCUCCAGAUGUCUGUGUAGAUGCUUUACUGGAAGCCUCUGUCAAAUACAGUCCUCACUUUGAUUGGGUUGUUGCACAUAUUGGAUCAUGCUUUCCAAAUACAAUAAUAACUCGAGUACUUAUGUGUGGGCUGAAAGACUUUUGUCAUCAUGGAAACAAGCGUCCAGACAUGGAGAACCGGGGAGAUGAGAAAGUUCCAAAGAUGGACUCGGUGGUGGAUAUUCUGGGUCACCUGGCGUCCAAACACAGACAGGACAUCCGUGGCGCCCUGAUGAAGCUGUUUGAGGAAAGCAUGAAGUCUGACAGUGAGGUGGUGAAGGUGACCACAGUGCCCUUCCUGUUGGAGCUGGCCUCGAGGUCCGACAUGCUCCUCCAGGUCCUCAGCACGGACCUCAUCAAGUCAUUGAAUCCCCAGUUGUUAGACAAGCUGCAUGCCAACUUUGAACCUUGGAGAAGAAGAAAUGCACCAGAAUAUAUGAGUUUGAUUACCCUGGUGGUACAGCUGAUUAUGAAGAUUGACUUCACCACUCUGGAGGUCUUAGAAUUCUUGUUGGGAAUAGCAUCACCAGUGAACACAAAUAAUUUUCCAUGUCCUGAGGUGCAAGAAGUUGGGGCCAUUAUUAUUAACCGGCUGAUCUUUGAGCUCCAGAGAUCGGUCUUUCACAAACACAGGGACUCAUCCUUUGACGUCCCCUUUCUGUCGUCUCUGGUAGAUCAGUCCACUAGUAUACUGAGGCAGCUGCUGGACAGUAAAGGCCCCAGGGGGGACUGGCUGUUAAGGAUAACGGCCUACAUCGGACUGUCCAGCGGGGAGGACCUGACCAGUGACAUGAUGGUGUUCAUCCUGUGUAACGCUACCUCACAUGUUCAGUUGUGCCGCUUUGUUCAGCUACAGAGCAUUGUUGAGGUGAAGCUGGGAGAUGUAUUGCCAGUGGUUGUACAAAAAGUAACAGACAAGCUUCGAUCCUACAAAAUCUCUCAGCCCAACAUCAUACUGGCAAACAUACUGGCCAUAAUGGAAUGGGAGAAGUCAACCAAGUCCAACAGUGAAAGAUCUACAUUAUUAUUCUGCAUGAAGAAGCAGUGGGAGGCAUUCUUACCCCUGCUCACAAAUGAUGACCUUCACCUUGUAUUGAAAGCUGUCAAGGUCAUCAAUACCCUGGAGAUUCCCACCAACAUUUCAAGUGCAACUGCACUCAGACUGUGUUCAACUUUACUCAAUUUCUUCUUCAGAUCAUUAGAAGUUGAAGACACAAGAGCUUCUUCAUCCAUGUUCCAUGCCUGUCGACUAUGUCUGAAAUAUCUCUGUAAAGAGACUUUUAUUCAGUGUAUCGCUCUUCGUUUUCUGAUAGAAAGUUUAUUCAUUAAGGACAUUGCCAUUUUGUUUGGUGCAAAACAAAUUCUUCCUGUAUCAAAGGAUGAAAAGGAGAAAAAGAAUUUCCAGUCUUUGUAUGAAUCCAACAAAAAGCAAGGCUUGACCACAACUCUCCACAGAUCUCAGUCCACUGUGUUUCAUGCAGGGGUCAUAGGUCAAGGUUUGAGGUCCUCAGUUUUCGGACCUAUCCUUCCGAAGGUUCAUAUGGACAGAAAUAAGCAGUGCCUCAUGAGUAUCCUGAGAUGUUGCUCUCAUCAGACCAAGAAGAUAGAGGAAGUGACAACGCCCACCGCGGAGAGUGCGAUGGAGGUGGACGAGUCUGUGGCCAUGCCGUCCCACGGACAGAGUGUGUCCGGAGAUCUGUGUCGGAUGAUCGGGAGCCUGAUGACGGAGCAGAUUACGCCUGACGUCCUGUACAACAACAGGUUCUGGCCUGAGGAGGAGUCCAUUCAAAUGACUGUAGAGAGAGAUUUACAGAUUUACAAAAAUAUGGAUGAAAAUCCAGUGCUCUGGCAAAUACUUGAUCUGUAUGCAGCAAGUCCUUUAACUAUGUGCAGGUGCUCUCCCAUUCUGAAGUCUCUGACGGCCUCACUAAUGAUCCAUUUUGAAUCUUCAAGAGAAAAGUCUGCUAGAAAUACCCCCAAACAGCUAGACGCAGCAGCUCAUCUUGUUACUUACUUGGGAAAGAGUCGGCUGCUGCCUGCCCCCCUCAGAUAUAUCUCGGAACUGUUCCACACCUCCACCUCCUACGAAGUCUACCUGUUGUUGUUGUCUGUGUGGCGCUACAUGAAGGAGUUUCCUCCCACUGAGGAUCCUGAUGAGGUCAACACCAGAGCUUGUGAACUAAGACAUCUGGAGACCAUCAGAGCCAUAAUGCAUAAUAACAUUGACAAAAUGGGAGCUUUCUAUGGACGAUUUUUCUCUCCAUUUUCUUCAUCAGAUUAAUAAAUUUAUGUGUAUGACUUU